AUGUCUAUUACCAUCACCCAAAAACAUACAGAAAAGGCCGUACAGGAGUUAAUGAAACUCGAAUCGACAGUUCAGCGUAUGAAGUCGGAGAAUUCGGAACGGCUGCAAAAUGAGUACGAGAAGCUAGUUGAAGGAUUGAGGAGAACAGAACAAGAACGAGCUAAUGACGAGCGACUGGCUAAUCCUGUUCUACCAGAUGCCAUAUUGCAUGAAGCUGUUCCUGGUUCGAUAAGAACUGCACAGCAUUUUGUGUUGUUCAUGAAAAGAGUCGUUGAAUACGUCAGGCACAGAAUGAGGAGUUCUCAGGUUAGUGAAAUUAUGAAGCUUCAAACGAUUGAAGAAGUUCUGUGGCAGUGA